AUGGGAAUUCCGGGGCUUAUCCAGUUCAUUGGCAAUGGCGAGCGAAUCUCUUUGGCCAAAUUUGCUGUCAGUCAUUUGCAACGAACAUCCCGGCCCAUUCGAGUAGCUAUCGAUAUUUCAAUUUGGCUUUUCCAGGCCCAGGCUGGGAAAGGAGGCACAAAUCCGGAAAUUAGGACGCUCUUCUACCGUCUAGUACGAUUGAAAGGAUUUCCAGUGCAUCCGCUCUUUGUGUACGAUGGCCCGCAAAGACCUCAAUACAAACGUGGGAAGCUGGUUAGCAGAAACUAUGGCGCUGGCGAUCUGGCACGGAUAAUACGCCGUUCUAAAGAUCUAAUUAAAUUAUUCCGUUUCCCCUACCAUAUAGCGCCAGGGGAAGCGGAAGCUGAAUGUGCGAGACUGCAGACAUUUGGGGCAGUGGAUGCGGUUAUGAGUGACGAUGUUGACACUAUCAUGUUUGGAUCUAGGGUUACCAUAAUGAACUAUUCCAAAGAGGAUUCAUCUGGAACGAAUGCAGCAACGCACGUCACUCUUUAUCGGACCAAGGAAAGUGCGGAUGGACAGAUCGCAAAUGUUCCUCUCGAUCGAGGUGGUAUGAUUCUGUUUGCGUUGUUGAGUGGAGGUGACUAUCUCCCCGCCGGUGUCCCAAAGUGUGGUCCAAAGCUUGCGGGGGAAAUUGCGCUGGCUGGAUUUGGUAACGAAUUGUUACAAUCGGUGGAAGGUAGCGAAUCAGAACUUGCUGUUAAAUUGAGGCAAUGGAGAGAGCGCCUGCAGAGCCAGCUUCAUGAAAACACUGAGGGUUACUUCAAAUGCAAACACAAGGCAGUCCAAAUUCCAGACAGUUUUCCUGAUCUGAAGAUAUUGCGUGACUAUACUCAUCCAGUUGUUUCUUCACCAGAGAAAUUAAGAGAGGCACAACUAUCGUUUAUUUGGGAUCAAGCCAUCGACCUUGAGGGCUUGAGAGAUUUUGUUGAAAAGGAUUUUGGUUGGCGACGCGGUUCCGCAAGAAGAUUGACUAAGGUUCUUGCAGCGCCCCUUUUAUGCAACAAACUCAGGCUUGGCCUCCCACUCCUCGCGAACGCCGAAUUGCUACCUAUUCGCGAGCCACCAACGGGAGCGCGGCUCUGCGGGCAACGGUGUCAUUAUAGCACUGAUGGGUUGUCAGAGCUGAGAGUUGAAUAUGUACCAGCCGAUAUUGUUGGGAUAGAUUUGAAUUGCGAACCAGUCGUGUCUGGGUCACAACAAGAGAGUGAAACUGAAGAUUUUGAUAUGCCUGAGGUCCAAGACGAUGCGAUUGAUCCCAAACAGGAUACAAGACGCCAACGAUCAUAUGAUCCUACGCAAAAGGAGAGGGUUUGGGUGAUUGAAGCUAUCGCGAAGAUGGGAAUGCCAGAUGCAGUCAAAGCAUGGAACAUGAAAAAGCAAGAGAAGCUAGCUGCCGCUGCGAAAGGCACUACCAGAAAGAGGACUUCAAGAGUGAAGACAAAACCGAGAGUUGUUGAUCCACAAAUGAGGUUCGGGGAGAUUCUGAAGUAUGGCACCAUUGUGAAAAGCCCAAGAACUAGAUCGGCCAAUGCUUAUUUUUCCUCAUCUCAAAAAUCUUCAUCGGGGCAUAUUUCCUCUAAUCCAAAUGACUACACCCUUCCGUUAAGCUCGCAGCUCUCAGUUUCACAAUCUAGUCAAACACAGAACUCCAAGAAAUGA